CUCGGGUAUAAGUUCGGACAUAGCAUUUGCACUGCGCGCGCCACCCCUUUUCUUGAAAUCUCAGCUUGUUGACAUAACCAACAUAGUUAACUAGGUAAUUUACAUUGCUAUCUAUCGUAUUAACUGUUGUUUCACCACUUUACCAAUUGAGGACCUUGCAUCCAACUUAUUUCCCAACUUUCCAUCCAAGUUUCGAUAUCGGUUAUGUCACACCUUGUGAUUUGUUAUACUUGCAGUAGGAUUCCCACUGUUCUUUUAUCUUGUCUCCCGUACUUCUCUUUUUUCCUUUGGACUCUUCUCUUUCUUUCGAGUUAGCAUCCUUUUUUUGUUCCUUAAUUCAGCGUUCCAUAUUCCACUUUAAGCAAUGUCUCGAAAAUACUUCCUAGUUAUUGCCGCUACUAUCGUCUCAUGCCUCCUUUUGGUUUUCUUCUCUUCGAAUAGUUCUAUCAACCCUACUCGGCUAACAGUUAACUCAAUUGGCAAUGUAAACCUGCCGGUCAAGUCCGAGUCUUCACUCCCUCAAGAGUUUCCUAAAAAGAUAUGGCAGAGCUGGAAAGAUGACUCCGAUGACCCAACUGAUCGAACGAUGGGCUUCCCGCGUCAAUGGCGGGCCUCGAAUCCUCAUCAUCGAUACGAGCGUAUCACCGAUGCUAAUGGCCAGACUUUCGUAGCAGAGCGCCUUCCUUCAGACAUUGCAAAUCUGUUUUCUACUUUCAGUGAUCCAAUCCUAAGAGCCGAUUUCUUAAGGUAUUGCGUGAUGCUAGUUGAAGGGGGUGUAUGGGCCGAUAUCGAUGUACGACCUCACCGUCCUAUCUCGGAGUGGAUUCCACCGCAGUACCUGGACAAGGCGAACCUCGUUGUUGGAAUUGAAAACGACCACCACAAGAGGCCAAUUUGGCGAGGCUCUCCAUAUUCUGUUCAGCUCGCGCAGUAUACCAUCUUGGCGAAGCCUCAUCACCCGGCUAUUGCCAAGCUAGUAGAACGGGUCAAGGAGAACCUGAAGACAUUGUUGCAGUCCAAGAAGCCAGGAGAAGCAAUCACUUUUGAAGAUGUUAUGGCUACAACCGGUCCGUUCGCAUUUACCGAGGUCUUAAUGGAUUAUUUUACCAAUACUACAGGCCUUAAGCACACUGGAGAUGAGCUUGAUGGUCUUAGAGAGCCGAAGCUUAUAGGGGAUGUAUUAGUGUUGCCUAAAGAUGCCUUCGGCUGGUUACCGCAAGAGCAUUAUUUGGACGCGGGAGAUCCCGGAAUUCUAGUUGAGCAUCUGUUUAUAGCGUCCUGGCGAGGCAGUCAUCCGGGUUAGCAGCGUACGGGCUGCGAAUAACUACUACAUCCCCUAUGAAGCACUUAGUUAGUACUGCGGUUUACAUGAUUUAUUUAAUACGUAUAAUGAUUCAGUCAAAUUGCCCUACAAAUUUGCACGCGACUCCAUUAUUCGGAGAUGAUGCCACUGUACUUGGUUCAAUUUCACUUUGGACCACAAGUCCUGUCCUAUAACACCUAUGGUCCGAUUUAGCGAUACUUGGGUCUCGGGUUUUGCUUCGCGAGACGCCGGGGAAGGAAUAGUGUCAUUUUGUGGCCUUGAUCCUUCAUAGGCUAUCAUUGGGAGAUCUUCAUGCGGUAAAAGAACGCCCUAGUCCUCUAUUGGUUGUUAGUUGCGAGUGUUGGUUGUUUACUCGGAGUUGUUGGUUGCAGUUAAUUGUUGAAAGCAUGGGUAUGGACCCACAGUUUAGCCCCUUAUUUUCAAUAUUGUACUCUA